AUGGAAAGGGAGUUGCAAUGGUGGAAAGGACAGCUUGCUGCAGACAUCCAUCAGUCCCUCCGCAUCAAGGAGCUCAAGUUGCCAGUCUACCGAGCCCAUUCGCCACAGAUUGGCAUGCGCCGCUACUUUGCAGACUUGUUGGCCAUCCUGAGUAAUCGCUACCAGUUGUGCCCCACAGCACGCCACCUGGCCGUCUACCUGCUGGACCUCUUCAUGGAUCAUUACGAUGUGGCUGUCAAGCAGCUUUAUGUUAUUGCCCUGUCUUGUCUGCUCUUAGCCAGUAAAUUUGAAGAGAAGGAGGACAGAGUGCCGAAAUUAGAGCAACUGAACUCGCUGGGAUUCAUGUGUAAUUUAAACAUGGUUCUCAACAAGAAGGAUCUGAUUAAAAUGGAGCUUCUGCUGCUGGAGACCUUUGGCUGGAAUCUGUGCAUGCCCACACCGGCCCACUUCAUCGACUACUACCUCAAUGCCUCUGUGCAAGAGGGAGAUCUGUACAAUGGCUGGCCCCUGUCUUCCCUCUCUAAAACUAAGGCUUUCAUGGACAAAUACACUCACUACUUUCUAGAAGUUUCAUUGCAAGACCACACUUUCCUCAGCUUCCGUCCAUCCCAAGUUGCUGCUGCAUGUGUCGCAGCAUCACGUAUUUGCCUGCAGAUUUCUCCAAGCUGGACUUCUGCGCUGCAUCUACUGACCGGCUACACCUGGGACCACCUGACUCAGUGCAUUGAACUCAUGCUGCUUGCUCACGACAAUGAUGUGAAAGAGGCCAACAAAACAAAGUGCACCCCUCCGCAUCGAGCUUCAUCUUUGCAGUCUCAGGGUCAAAGCUCUCACCUUUCUCCGGUUUCAGCUGUUCAAAGAACACCCUCUUCAUCAUCCUCAUCUACUACACCACAGCUGCUCUUUCAGUCGGACCGCUUCACAAACCUCUCCCAACAUUCCCCUUCCCUGUCCCAGCUGCAAACGCUAGCCGACGCUCAGGCUCUAGGGCCAGUGGUCAGCGUGUCUCAAGACUUUUUUCAGAGCCACCGGAUGGGGCUCCUAAGUGGGGCUUCUUGCCUGACUACUGGGAGCGGCUUCCCCUCUUAUUCAAGUCUGACCUCUGGCCUCCAGGCGGGGGCUCGCGCGCUGCCGCUCCAGAGCCCCAUAUCCGUUCAGAUGGCCCUCGCAGGGGAAGCGCACCACUGCUUGAGCGUGGCCUACACCGGGGGUUACCUAGGGGCCCAUCACACUUUUGCAGCCGGCUGUUUUGACAGGUGA